CAUAAAAAAAUUGAAAAUGCGAAGAAACUAGGAUAACACCACCGCUUAAGGGUUAGGAACAAAGCCUCCUUAAACACCACUUGCCGUCUUCUUCGCCUCAAACUAGGAUCGUGUAAGAACCACAAUGAGGAACAAAAGGUGUCGAUCUGGUCAAAACAAGGAGGUUGAUGAGGGAUCAGAUUCGAAAGAUUUCAUCACCGAACUGUCAGAUGAUAUUGUUGUUAUGAUUCUGUGUCUUCUGCCUAUAAAGUAUGCGGUUGUAACCGGCAGUGUCUGCAAAAAAUGGAGGUUCUUGUGGCGUAAUUUAAGGAAAUUGAACUUUGAUGGUACUGGCGACUUAAUUAUAACAAGGGAUUGGAGGCUGUUGAAUAGAAAGCGUCAAAUGUACGUCUACCAGGUGAAUGAUGUCAUUGGAAGCUACAACCACCCAAUGGUUGAAGAAUUCCGGAUUCGUUUUGACCUCGAUAAUGAUCAUCGAACACUUAUCGAUGGGUGGCUCAAGUUUGCUGUAAAGAAGAAAGUUGAGACGAUUGAGCUCUAUUUUGUAGACGUGCGUCACAGGAGUUUUCUUACUUUCUACAACUACGAUUUCCCCUUAUCAUUAUCCAAUAGAAAUGAUGCAGUUGUGGAGAUACCGUCUCUGCAAAAACUUUAUUUGAAGAAUGUUAACGUGACCGAAGAAAUUCUUGAACAAUUUCUGACAAAUUCUCCACAUCUUGAGACGAUAUCUAUCCAUGGCUCUGGAUACUUGACCAAGAUCCGAGUUAGUGGACGGCCACUUAAUAUAAAGCACUUUGAGAUAGAUGAAUGUCCGAUGAUGAGUUCCAUUCAUUUAUCUGAUUUUGAUCUUGUGUCAUUUGUCUACAAGGGUCAACCAAUAAAUUUAAAUCUAGCUAAUCUUCCAAACCUUCGCAAACUUAUUUGUCAAGGAAUUGUGACAUCUAGAAAUAAUAUUUAUAAGCUGUUAUCAUCAUGUGCAUUGUCCCUGGAGGUUCUUUCAUUCGUUGAGCAUCCUUCUCAGAGAUUUCUAGAGCUCGAUUCCCUACCAAUUUUACCAAAUGUCAGGGAACUGACACUGACAAUCGGAGCUCAUGAAGAUGAAAGUUUACUACAACUCACUUCAAUAUUUAAAGCUUGUCCGAGUUUGGAGAGUCUUACGGUUAAGCUAAUUUGGUUUACCCCGGUCAGAAGGAGAGGGAAAGUAAUGCAUUUUGCUACCUACCUUCAUGAGCACCUCAAGCUUUUCCAAAUCUUGGGGUAUUAUGGCCGAGGAAGCGACCUUGAACUUGCUGCUUACGUGAUGGAAAAUGCUGUUGGACUCCAGAAAAUUGUCAUAGAUCCACGAUACCAAGCGUGGUACCCAAGUGUAUCUGAAAAGGACUUUUCAAAAAAAGUGGAAUGUGCUCGAUCUUUUGCAAAGAUGCAGCUUAUACCCAGGUCUCCUGCAGGUGUCAAUCUGGUCAUACUAUGAAAAUGCGCAAUAGUGAAACAGUUUUUGUGAUUUAUCAUAGGUUUUCAACUACACCUGCCUGUUUCUACUAGAAAUCCAAACCAACCUUGAUUUUGGUUAUACGAUGUGUUGGAGAGUCACAUCACACACAAUUGAACACACUGAUUAUUUCCAGCAUAAAUGUUGCAUGUUUAUUCGAUUU